AUGAAGAAUAAUAGUGCUGCUCUUUUUCUGAAGCAUAUCAUUUCUGUGUUAGGUUCUGUAGCAAAAUCCAAAUCAAUGUCUCUAAGAAACAAAACUAAUGCUAUGAAAGAUCGAUUCGCCGUAUACUCAUUGAUGAAGAACAGAAAGCUUUCUUUGGCUGCAAUCCGCCACAAGAUUCAUGCAUUACUUGGGAACGACAGCCACGGUGAAGAAGACGAAAACAAUAAGGCAAUUGUACUAUACAAUGCCAAAACCAGUGAGGUACCUUCUACUUCAGGUCAAAUUUACCUUACUGAAUAUGAGUAUGAUCAUGAAGAAAAAGAUGAUGAUGACAAGUAUCCCGACUUAAGGCACUCACUUUUCGAUGAGGAUGAUCUGGAUUUAGGCGAUCCAAAUGCGUCUGCCAUUGAUUUGGUGAAGAAUUCCAAGGAGGAUUCAGAGAACUUCAACCUUGAAGAUGAGAUUGAUCAAGUAGCAGAUUUGUUCAUAUUGAAGUUUCGUAAAAAGAUGCGAUUGCAGAAGCUGGAGUCUUUCAAGAGGUAUCAAGAAAUGCUAGAGAGAGGCACUUAG